UAUAGUUACUGUAUAAACCGUUGAGCAGAACAUUUUAUUUUAGUAAAUGUAAGCAUAGUCAACUUAGUUAUUACACAAGGGAAGCGUUGACAGCAAGUUUGGGAGAAGGAGAUCCGACCAAAGUCUGUAGCUUUAUCCGGAAAGAAAGAUCAUAUGGUCAUCUGGAAUGAAGUGGUGUCUUUGGUGCUGGACCUGGAUCACCUCCUGAGCUCUGACACCCAUUUCUUCGGCCGGGAGCUAGGUCGUCGUACUUUGACCGAAGAACUGCGGAUUCUUGAUGUUACUCUCUGUUUGUUGGAGUCUCUCCUCGGAGAAAAUCGUAAUCAUGGAUUCAUGAACCAAAUAUUGGAAAACACGAUCAAACGCGUGAUUCAGGAAGCUGGGAAUUACAUUGGAUUCAGGACACUACGAUCUCGUUCCGCCUUUGACGUGAGGAUACCAUUUGCUGAGGUUGGUCUGACUAGAAUAAAAAAAGAGAUACUCUCCAUCAACGAGGAGCUGAAGAAGAUUCAUGAUCGGAGAAAUGUCCAAGAAUAUUUAGAGCUUACCACCUCUUCAACAGGUAACUCCACCACUUUCUUGAGUCCACCAAGAAGAACCCCAAUUGCAGAGGGCAAACUGGUGGGACUUGAAAAGGACUUGGUGACAAUGCUAGAUAAUCUGACUGGACAUCCAUUGCAACUUAAAGUUUUUCCAGUCAUUGGUAUGGCUGGUAUUGGGAAGACAACAUUUUGCAAGAAACUAUAUGAUCAUCCACUGGUCAUGCAUCACUUCUAUGUUCGUGCAUGGGUCACUAUAUCACAGCAAUAUGAAGUGAGAGAAAUGUUGUUGAGCAUUCUAUGUUGUGUUACCUAUAUUUCAAAGGAGAUAUAUGAAAAGAGAGAUGAAGAAUUAAGAGAGCAAGUGUACAGAAGUUUGAAGGGUAAGAGAUAUCUCAUUGUAUUGGAUGAUAUGUGGGAUACCGAAGCUUGGGACGACUUGAAGAGAACAUUCCCUGACGAUAAGAAUGGUAGUAGAGUUAUGUUGACAAGUCGGCUUAGAGACAUAGCUGUUCAUGCAUGUCAAGAUACUAGUCCACACAGUAUGCGAUGUUUGAGCAUACAUGAAAGUUGGGAACUACUUAGUUCAAAAAUCUUUGUGGAUGAACCCUGCCCCAUGGAGUUGUUGACAAUUGGAAAGCAAAUAGCAUGUAAAUGUCAAGGACUGCCACUAGCAAUAGUUGUUGUAGGAGGGCUUUUAUCAAAGAUGGACAAGAAACUAGAUGUUUGGGACAAUGUUGCACAAAGCGUAGGGUCACUGGUGUUGGGAGAAGCAGACCACUGCCAAAACAUACUUGCUUUGAGUUAUAACCAUUUGCCUGAUCACUUGAAGGCAUGCUUCCUUUACAUGGGAAUUUUCCCGGAAGAUUAUGAGAUAUCAGUUAAGAAAUUGGUAUGGUUGUGGGUUGCUGAGGGAUUUAUCAGGCUUAGUAUGUUCAAGAGCUUGGAAGAAGUGGCUGGGGACUAUCUUGAGGACCUGAUUGCCAGAAGUCUUAUAAUGGUCAAGAGGAGAAGUGCCAAUGGUAGGAUCAAGACUUGCUACAUCCAUGAUCUCAUGAGAGAACUGUGUGUGCACGAAUCCCAAAAAGAAGGCUUUUUUCUUGUGAUCAAAAGCAGUGAACAGUUGAUACUAACGAAUCUAUAUGAUGACAAACAGAAGUGGACUAUUGGCACUAAAGAAUCAGCAGCAGUGGACAAGCACCUUCAUAAUCUGCGACGCCUCUCGUUCCACUCCAACAUCCUCAAGUACAUAAACACGACUUCAUUUCAACUCGUCCAAUCUAUCAUGUACUUCAAGAAGUUAUCUUUACCAGACCCUUUACAGUACUUAGGCAUGAAGAAUUUCAUGCUACUCAAGGUGUUAGAUAUAAUGAAUAUACAUUUGAGUAUUGUUCCAUCUGUGAUAGCAGAUUUGAUUCUGUUGAAGUUCAUGGCCCUCACCAUCGUAAAUGACUUCAGUAUGGAUUCUUUCAUCACGUUGCGUGGCCUACAGAUCCUCAUUAUUGAUUGUGAAUGGGAUGGCUGUUUAGCCAGGAUAUUGUGGGAUAUGCUGGAGUUAAGACAUUUUCGUUUGAAGAGGAGCUGUCUAUCUAAUUCACCAAUUUAUUAUACAAAGUCAGCUUCAACAUCAGUGUUAAGUCUACAAGAUGCAGAAGUUCGACUCAGGGUUCUGAAGAAUUUACAAACUUUGUCUACAAUAAGGCCUAUAAGUUGUACCCAGGAAGUCUUUCUGUCCGUGCCCAAUUUAAGGAAAUUGGGAAUAUACCAAACUGAAGAGGACUACCGGUUCCGUGGGUGGUUUGAACAGCUUGUCCACUUACAAGAACUUGAGACGCUCAAGUAUGCCUUUAGUAAUCCAUUUGUCAGUUCCGCUUUGAAACCAGAUCGCCUUCCAUCAUGGAGAAGUUUCCCCCCAAAGCUUGUGAAAUUGACCCUGAGUGGCACUUCACUGCCAUGGGAAGAUAUGGUUGAGCUCAGUAUGCUACCCAAACUAGAGGUGCUCAAACUUAGAAAUUAUGCCUUCUCAGGAUCAGUAUGGAAAUCUAGGGAAGGUGGUUUUCCUCGUCUCAAGUUUCUGCUAAUUGGCAGCACAAAUUUAGAGAUAUGGGAUGCUGAUGGAACUCAUUUUCCGAACCUUCAGCAACUUGUCCUAAGGCAUUGCAAGUUUUUGAAAGAGAUCCCUUAUGGCAUUAGUGAAGCACCUUUGCUGGAGAAAAUUGAACUACAUUGUUGCAAGGAUUCGGCUGUAAUUUCUGCAAGGCAUUUGCAAGAAGAACAACAGAGCCUGGGGAAUGAUGGGCUCAAAAUUCACAUAAGUGAAGGUUAAUAAACUAGCUAGACUGAGGCAAAACACUUGUCAGUGUAAUAAGCUCAAAAACUACUAGCAGAAAUCUUACUGCAGUUGGGCUCCCAGCAAUCUCAUCAUCAAUUAUGUCUAUGUUUCUUAUUAAGUUUUUCUAUGGGAACAUGAUUAUUUUCCGUUC